AUGCCGAAAGAGUGUAAAUCGUCUGAUGAGAAUCCUGGUGUGGCAGGUGAAAUCGCUUUCUAUAAAAAGGAAGGCAACGCGUUUCAACGCCAGCUAGAUAAUCUCAAUAGCUUCCUUACGAAUGAGCAGCUAAAAAACUUAGAUGAGGCCGAACUUUUUGCGCGACUUAAACAUGCUGAGCGUUUGCAGGCAAACUUCGAAAAUGCACGAUCAGGACUUAGGCGAUUGGACCGCAAGGAAUUCGAGUCUGUUGCUGACGAAAAUUUCUCCAAAGUGUAUAUUGAGGUAGAGGCAAAAAUUAAUCGUUGGCUGAAUACAAAACAUAAGUCAUCUGGCGCGCACUCUUCAACACUACGACAAUUCUCUUGGGACGACAUUACGCCGCAGCAGUUACAACGACGAUCCCGGCUACCUGAGCUUAAAAUUCCAGUUUUUAGUGGCUCCUAUCUCGACUGGCCAUCGUUUUUCAGCACGUUUACUUCAGCAAUAGACAAAGACGUGGAGAUGUCCAAAUUAGAAAAAAUGCAGUACUUGAUCACCAGUCUUAGUGAUGCAGCUUUAGACACUGUGCGCUCAAUCGAGCCCAGUGAAGGUAAUUAUGACAAAGCCUUAGAUUUAUUAAAAGUACGUUUUGAUAAUAAAUUACUUCAUUUCCAGGCACACAUAAAGGCAAUUUUCGGGCUACAAGGUAUGGAAAUGGGCGCAUCAGAUGGGCUACGAAAAUUAAGCGAUCAAGUAAAUGCACAUCUUCGAGCGCUGCAAACUUUAGCAACUACUGAAGAGAUAUAUAAUGGCUUACUCAUUCACCUCAUCACAAGUAAACUGGAUCGACAAACGCACGAAAAAUGGGAAGAGAAUUUAUCUGCACACAAAUUGCCUACAUGGAUUGAUAUGUCAACGUUUUUGGAAAGAAGAUGCCGCAUGAUGGAGAAUUUGGAAAACGCUAUGGUCAUACAGGCACCUAGCAAACAGGUGAAAAAUAUUGUAUCUCCAGCAAAAUCAAAAGCAAGCGUACUCGUUACUGUAGGUGGUGACAAGCCCACUCCACUCUGUAUUUUUGGUGAUUCCAAAGAGCACUUUAUUACUGGUUGCACUUCGUUUUUGAAUCUUUCUCCAAAUUUGCGUUAUAAGGAAGCAAAAAAAUUUCAUUUGUGCUUAAAUUGCCUACGCAAGGGCCACACAUGCAAAUCUGGCAAUUGCAGGUAUUGUCAGGCAAAACAUAACACUUUACUGAAUUUAAAUGGCAAGCAAGAUACUGUACCAAAACCAAUUGUGGCAUCCCCUAUAACAAAUAGCCAGGUUACAACAUCACAAUCAGCCCUAUUAACAUCAUUAGUGGCAAGUCCCAAACCUUUAGCCUCGAAAAAUAUGUCUAACAAUUGUGUGCUGUUAGCAACGGCCAUCAUUUUAGUAAAAAAUCGUGCUGUUUUAGUAUCUGGCAUUGGAGAAUCGAGUCUCAAUGCAGACAGAUGCGUCGACAUAUUUGCCCAAGCUCAAAAUGGUCGGUUUUCAACAUCGUUCACAACUUUAAUAACACAAAGCAUAACAGACUAUCAGCCGAAUUUUGAUAUCAGCAUUGAGGGCUGGAACAUACCAAACAACAUUAACUUAGCUGACCCAUCAUUCUUUAAAGCAAACCGUAUUGAUGUUUUGAUCGGUGCGGAAUUGUUCUAUGACUUAAUUUGCGUUGGACAAUUUAGAAUUGCAGAUCACCUACCAACACUGCAAAAAACUAAGUUGGGCUGGGUGGUUUCUGGAGGCGUAUCACAUAUCAAUAAUAAAUUAAUAACUCUUUCGGCAUUCAGAAAUUUAACACCGCCACAUGAUAGUAUUGAUACACUUUCAAACAUUGUUAAACGCUUUUGGGAGAUCGAAAAUGGUUUCGAUUCUACUCCAGCAUUAUCGGAAGAGGACGCUUUUUGUGAGCAGCAUUUCAUACAAAAUUUUCUUCGUUUGCCUUCAGGGGACUACUCAGUUAGACUGCCACCUAAAUCCGAUCUUGAUGCUCUUGGUGAAUCGUAUUAUCUUGCUUUACGUAGAUUCAGGGCGCUAGAAAGAAAACUCCAAAAGGAUGAAUCCACAAAACUUUUGUAUUCGGCAUUUAUGCAGGAGUGUAAGGAUCUUGGUCAUAUGUCGCUGGCAUCAUUUCAAGCAGACAAACCAGUUUACUACUUACCGCAUCACUGCGUUAAAAAGCAAGACAGUACCACUACAAAACUGCGCGUGGUUUUUGAUGGGUCUGCUAAAACUAGUUCAGGACUUUUUAAAGUUGCACUACUUGGUGACAUAUGUAAAAUGUAUCGCUGCAUUAAAAUGAGUAGCCCUGACCAGUUGCAGUGCAUUCUUUGGCGCGAUGACCCAUCUGAGCAAAUCAAGACAUACAAGUUAAACACGGUCACAUAUGGAACGAGGCCUGCUGCUUUCCUAGCUAUUCGAGCUAUGCAUCAGCUUACAUUUGAUGAGGAGGAAUCAUUUCCAGUCGGCGCUAAAAUCAUUCGAAGAGAUUUUUAUGUGGAUGAUUUGAUAUCUGGUGGCGAUUCAAUCGAGGAGGUCAUACAAAUGAAGCAAGAUAUCAGACAGCUACUCCUACGAGGAGAUUUUCCAAUUCGAAAAUGGUGUUCUAAUGAAGUUGAUGUUUUGAAAGAUGAAGACGAAAAAAAUCCAGACGAUCUUGACGUGCUUACACCAGCGCACUUUCUCAUUGGUGGGUCAUUUACAGCCAUAGAAGAACCAAUUGUUACGCAUCUAAAUAUGAACCGUCUAAGCCGGUGGCAGCGAAUUUGUCAGAUGCAGCAAAUCUUUUGGCAAAGGUGGAGCACUGCGUAUCUAUCAUUACUGCAAGAGAGGUUGGCGCUGACGGAUAUGUUAGAGCAGCAAUCAUUAAAACAGCAAAUGGGCCAGUAA